GGAAAAUAUGCAGACGUUUCAUAAAUCUACGUCAUUUCCGGGAUGAUAGAGGGGCAAUGACAGCUUGAUCAACAACAAGACAUUUACACAGAACAGAUCAAUAAAGUGUCUACUCACACGUGGUGUCUGCGUGUCCCUCCUGUUCACCUAGCAGCCCCUCACUGGAGAGAAGUCUGAAGGAGGAGGGCUCAGUCUCUCUGCUCCUGCUCAGCCAGCCACUAUGGAACCUUCUCUGCAGAAACCCACAAUGAGCUGUGAUAGUGGACUGGUGGAGAGGAACAUUGCUGGAGCCGACCCAGAGGGGAUGUGGGACAGUGGGGCCGUGGAUCAACCCGAGGAGGAGGGCCGCACCUUCAUGCAGGUUCUCAGCGAGAAGUACAGCCCGGAGAACUUUCCGUACCGCCGAUGGCCCGGCAUGGGCGUGGUGGUAGUGCCAACUCUCCCACAGGGCUCGCCCAUGAAAGAUCGUUUGAACCUUCCCAGUGUGCUCGUCCUGGCUGGCUGUGGAAUCAGCCAUGCGGGAGAGCAGAGAGAGAUCGCAGCCUUCUGUGCCCACGUGAUGGAGCUCGACCUGUCCCACAACAAGCUCCAGGACUGGCAUGAGAUCAGUAAGAUUGUGUCAAACAUCCCCAACCUGGACUUCCUCAACCUGAGCUCCAACCCGCUAAGUGAGGUUGUCUUGGAGCCUAGCGGUGCUAAGGCCUUUGCCCGAGUCCGACGCCUGGUUCUCAACAACACUCAAGUGUCCUGGAACACAGUGCUCGUACUAACACGGGAGAUGCCUGAGCUGGAAGAGCUGUUCCUGUGCCUUAAUGAGUACACCACUGUGUCAGCCUCUACUGUGCCCUGCCCCACACUGCGCCUACUGCACAUCACCGACAACAACCUGCAGGACUGGGCCGAGGUGCGCAAGAUUGGGCCCAUGUUCCCCGGCCUGGAAACUCUGGUCAUGGCCAACUGCAACCUGAGCUCCAUUCAGGACUCAGAAGACACGCUGCGGCGCCUCUUCCCCAACCUACGCAGCAUCAAUCUGCACAACUCAGGUCUUAACCGAUGGGAGGACAUAGAGAAGCUGAACCAGUUUCCUAAACUGGAAGAUGUGAGGCUGCAGGGGAUUCCCUUACUGCAGACCUACACCAACACAGAGCGUCGUAGCCUCAUGGUAGCACACCUGCCCUCUGUAUCAUCGCUCAAUGGCAGUGUGGUGACGGACGGGGAGAGAGAGGACUCGGAGAGGUUCUUCAUCCGUUACCAUGUCGACUACCCAGAGGAGGAGCUACCUUACAGGUAUCACUGCCUGGUGACCAAAUACGGGAAGCUGGAACCCUUGGCUGAGAUCGACCUUCGACCCCGCUGCCACGCCAAGGUGGAGGUGCACUGCGAGGACAAAGUGGAGGAGGUGAGUAUCCGCCUGGACCAGACCGUGGCCGAGCUGAAGAAACAGCUGAGGACAGUGGUGCAGCUGUCGGCCAAUCAGAUGCGUCUUUACUACAUCGACAAGGAGAGUGUCUUUGGGCCGGAGGAGAUGAAGUACCACACCAGAGCCCUCCAUUCCUACAGUAUCCAGGACGGGGACGAACUCCUGGUGGUGCCUAAGGCUGGCCGAGGGACUACCACCACUGCCAAACCACUAUCAAACCUUAACUCCAAAACCUUAACUCCUCCGCCAUAAAAAUAGAAUUACUAGAACGGUCCACCUAUCAUGGCACAUUGACUUGAAUGGGGAUGCAGUUCUAGUAAUUAUAUUUCUAUGCUCAUACCCUUCCCCAUCCUAAUCUUGUCUGAAGAACUCCCUGCACCCCUCCUUACGCCCAUCCUAUGUUUUACAUUCAGUGUGGGACACACUAUCAGGAAUAACAGCGACUCUGACUCUGAUUCUGACUGGCUUGUGUUUCACCUCACAGCACCACACAUGCACACACACCAAUUAAUCAGAACAAAUGUGUCUCGUAUGCUGCCCUCUAAAGGUGUGCAUAUUAUGUGUGACUGAGUCCCCUCUUCGUCUUGGUGUGACGCCUCUGCCCUUGACUCCUAAAAAGCCUAUCUUUCGGGGGAGGAGCACAGGAGAUAUUGCGGAGUACAACCACUAUAUCUUUUAUCUUUAAGACAAUCUCCCAUUGCAUACCCUGUGGUAUGCAGAGGAUGUUGAUGAAAGGAUAUGGUAUACUGCUGUGCCACAGACUAUGUUUUGAGUGUACUAGGUUGAUUGUACUGUAGCUAACGGAGGUCUUCAUCGCGCUGUGUUAUUCCACUUCCUCACAAGACGGAGCCAUAGUUUUUGAUGGGUUAUUCUAAGUUAGGUUCAGUUCUUCUACGUUUAGUUCAGUAAGAUUAGUAUUUUUGGAGGAUACUUGAUAUUCAAACUCAAAUCGUGUUGAGUUUUCAAAUUGUCUUUCUUUGGCCAGUUGUAUCGUAGUGUUCAUAGGAUAUUGAUGCCUCUGACUGAAAUCAUUGAUGUACCACAGAGUGCUGCAUGAGACUGUUCUUUCCUAAGUGUGUUUUUAUGUAGUUUGUGUGGAUCCUUCCACUGUCUGGGACCGUCCGUACAUGUUAUGCCUAAAUUACGUUUGAACACCUAUUGACACGUUUGCUUCUGUGCCAGAGCCAAAGUAUCUCAGGUCUAUUGCAGACAGAGGCUUUGUGUGUUCACCAAAGAUUUGUAUGAACUCUGUGUACUGUUCAUUACAUUGUUGAUGCAUUUUCCUUGUGUGUAAAGAGGCUCAUGCUUGGUGUUAUUUUUGUCAUUGCAAGGGCAAAGGUCACUAUGUCAGGUGCGGUUGUCUGGGACAGUAGAACUAAGGCAUUGCUUGGUACUUCACGCCACUUUAAAUCCCAAUUUACAGGCUGUUUGUUUCCCUGUUGUAUCUUAAUUUACAUCAUUUGUUGUAUUAUGUCAUCGUCUGAUUUGGAAGACAGUAAAGUAUUGGAAGAUGCACUUAAGCAUAGCUAGAUCUCUCUAAAGAUUGGAAAUUAGACAAUAGCAACAUAUUUCAUACCGCUUGUUGUAUUUAUUUAGUCAUUACAACAUUGUAAUAA